UGCUAUAUGGCUUAAACCACAGUAAAGGUGACAUUGCAGUUCGCCUUGGCAUGUCUUCAAGGUCCGUGUUACGCUUCGCCCGACGAUAUUACGAGAGACGAAAUGUUUGUGCUGACAAACCAGGAAGACCUGCUGGUUCGUAUUCGCUUUCGCAACAAGAACAAGCCGUUUUGAUGCAAGAAUUGUUAGAACACCCAGAAAAAACUCUAUCAGAGCCCUGUAGACACGUUGAAGGAGUACGUGGUGCUAGGCUUUCUGUUUCUACUUUACACGACUAUUUUAGAAGAAAUGGCAUCACACGCAAAAUGCUCAAAAGAAUUCCUUAUCAAAGAUGCGAAGAAGAUCGAAUAAACUAUCGGUCUGUGGUAUCACAAUUCAAUCCUGCGAUGCUUGUGUUCCUUGACGAGUGUGGAUUUGAUAAACGAAUUUCGAGACGCUUUGGAUACAGUUUUCGAGGCUAUCGAGCUCAAACACAAAGAUGGUAUGGCAAUUGGGGUCCCAGGAUUACUGCUAUCCCUGUCAUCUGCACGCAAUUUCAAGAGGACUUCACACCUUUGUUUCAUUUGAUUCAAUGGCAGAAUCCACUUGUGUUCUGGCCGACUGAAGUGAGGUAGAACUACUAGCUGAAGUCGUGGUCACAAUGGGAGUCAUAUUAGAUGUAGAAGGAACUGCACCUGUAGUCUCUAGGGCAAAAAAAGCAGCAUUCGGAGGUACGGUGUCGUCGCGGUGACUCCCAUUUACCUAUAAAAACCAUUAUCACAAUCGUCAAUGUUUUGCUUAGGUUCGAAAAGCAGUAAUAACCCAAACCAUUGUUGAUCCCGUGUAGAGGAUUAUAUCUCCGGUUUUCGCAGCGACUUUUAUUGCAGUUUUAAUAAGGAAGAAACCCCCAAAUUUCCAAAAUUACCAGAGUCGUUUACAUGCGCGAUUGAAAGAUCGCUGCAAAAUACCACACAUUUUAUUGUGUAGUGGAUAAGAAAACCUAACUUUUUAUCUUACAUUAUGAAAACUGCUCUACAAUUUAUCUAUCCAGUCUAACUUACCAACAUUCUAGCCCAACACUUCAGUUUCAAAUCGCCAAGAACUGAGGCAUGUGUUUUACGUAGCCUCGACAAAUAGUUAUUGAAAAGGCCCUUGUCUUCUUCGACGGAAUCAUUUCCUACAAAUUUAAAGACAAACAUUAAAUUCAGAAUACACCGACUGAUACUGAAUACUGUAAACAUAGCAAUGGAACAUUUUAUUAAAACCCGUAACAUAGGUCAGAUCAUAA